ACUUGGGAGACCUGGUGUUGAUUGUUAUUGCCAACAUGAAAGUGGUGCAGCAGUCUUGCAGCUCCAAUUCUUGGUCAAUGAGGGUGCUUUGGUCAGUGCAAGUUCAGAUGAUACACUUCAUUUGUGGAACCUUAGACAAAAAAGACCAGCUAUCCUUCAUUCUCUUAAAUUUAACCGAGAACGAAUUACUUACUGUCAUCUACCUUUCCAGAGUAAAUGGCUUUAUGUUGGAACAGAAAGAGGAAAUACACAUAUUGUAAAUAUUGAAUCUUUCAUUCUUUCUGGAUACGUUAUCAUGUGGAACAAAGCAAUAGAACUGUCCACCAAAACUCAUCCAGGUCCAGUUGUACAUUUAAGUGAUAGCCCACGAGAUGAAGGAAAACUGCUAAUAGGUUAUGAGAAUGGUACUGUAGUAUUCUGGGACUUGAAAUCUAAAAGAGCAGAACUGAGAGUUUAUUAUGAUGAGGCAAUCCAUUCAAUUGAUUGGCAUCAUGAGGGGAAACAGUUCAUGUGCAGCCAUUCAGAUGGUAGCUUGACAUUAUGGAACCUGAAAAGCCCAACUCGCCCUUUCCAGACAACAAUUCCACAUGGAAAAAGUCAAAGAGAAGGAAGAAAAUCUGAAUCUUGUAAACCAAUUCUUAAAGUAGAAUACAAGACCUGCAGAAACAGUGAACCAUUCAUAAUAUUUUCUGGUGGACUAUCCUAUGACAAAGCUUGUAGAAGACCAAGUUUAACCAUUAUGCAUGGAAAAGCAAUUACAGUACUUGAAAUGGAUCAUCCUAUUGUUGAAUUUUUAACUUUAUGUGAAACACCCUAUCCAAAUGAAUAUCAAGAACCCUACGCCGUUGUGGUACUUCUGGAGAAAGAUCUCAUUGUAGUUGACCUGACACAGAGCAAUUUUCCAAUCUUUGAAAAUCCAUAUCCCAUGGACAUUCAUGAGUCACCAGUUACAUGCACAGCAUAUUUUGCCGACUGCCCUCCAGAUUUGAUUCUAGUACUGUAUUCUAUAGGAGUCAAGCAUAAAAAACAAGGAUACAGUAAUAAGGAGUGGCCAAUCAGUGGAGGAGCUUGGAACCUUGGAGCACAAACAUAUCCAGAAAUUAUUAUUACUGGUCAUGCAGAUGGAUCAAUAAAAUUUUGGGAUGCUUCUGCAAUAACUCUACAGAUGCUGUACAAGCUAAAAACUUCAAAAGUCUUUGAAAAACAGAAAGUGGGAGAAAGCAGACAGUCAUGUGAAAUUGUAGAAGAAGAUCCAUUUGCUGUUCAAAUGAUUUAUUGGUGUCCAGAGAGCAGAAUAUUUUGUGUAUCAGGAGUUUCUGCAUAUGUCAUUAUUUAUAAAUUCAGCAGACAUGAAAUUACAACAGAGAUAGUGUCAUUAGAGGUACGACUUCAGUAUGAUGUUGAAGAUAUUAUUACCCCUGAACCAGAAACAAGUCCUCCGUUUCCAGAUCUCUCAUCCCAGCUUCCUUCUUCAAGGAGUCUCUCCGGGAGCACAAACACUGUGGCUAGUGAAGGAUUAACAAAGGACAGUAUCCCAUGCCUGAAUGUUAAGACACGACCAGUGAAAAUGCCUCCAGGUUAUCAAGCAGAACUUGUUAUUCAGUUGGUGUGGGUGGAUGGUGAACCUCCUCAACAGAUUACAAGUCUUGCCCUCAGCUCAGCAUAUGGAAUAGUUGCAUUUGGAAACUGCAAUGGAUUAGCUGUGGUGGAUUUUAUACAGAAGACAGUACUGUUAAGCAUGGGGACCAUGGAUCUAUAUAGAUCAAGUGACAUAUACCAGCGACAGCCACGCUCUCCUAGGAGGAACAAGCAGUUCAUUGCAGGUUUGACUGAGCUGAAUGACAGUCCAGUGCCACUGGAACUUGAACGCUGUAAAUCUCCCACCUCAGAUCAUGUAAAUGGACACUGCACAAGUCCAACUUCUCAAAGUUGCAGUUCUGGAAAACGUCUUUCUAGUGCUGAUGUUUCAAAAGUAAAUCGCUGGGCUCCUGGAAGACCACCAUUUCGUAAGGCACAGUCAGCUGCUUGCAUGGAGAUUUCUUUACCAGUUACAGCAGAAGAAAACAGAGAGAAUUCCUAUAAUCGUUCUAGAAGCUCCAGUAUCUCCAGUAUUGACAAGGAUUCAAAAGAAGCAAUUACAGCAUUAUACUUUAUGGAAUCCUUUGCACGGAAAAAUGACUCUACCAUCUCCCCUUGUCUAUUUGUUGGAACUAGUCUGGGAAUGGUGUUGAUCAUUUCCCUAAACCUACCAUUAUCAGAUGAACAAAGGUUUACAGAACCAGUCAUGGUAUUGCCAAGUGGUACAUUCCUAUCAUUGAAAGGAGCUGUACUAACAUUAUCCUGUAUGGACCGAACUGGUGGAUUAAUGCAACCACCAUAUGAAGUUUGGAGGGAUCCAAACAAUAUAGAUGAAAAUGAGAAAACUUGGAAAAGAAAAUUGGUCAUUAAUUCCUCACCUUCAUCCCAAGAAACAGGAGAUCAUCAGUAUACAAUAAUCUGCUCAGAAAAACAAGCCAAAGUCUUUUCACUGCCUUCUCAGACUUGCCUUUAUGUUCAUAACAUCACUGAGACAUCUUUUAUACUGCGAGCUGAUGUGGUGGUCAUGUGUAACAGUGCCUGCUUGGCAUGCUUUUGUGCCAAUGGGCAUAUCAUGAUAAUGAGCUUACCUAGUCUUCGUCCAAUAUUGGAUGUUAAUUAUUUGCCACUAACAGACAUGAGGAUAGCACGGACAUUUUGUUUUACAAAUGAAGGACAGGCAUUAUACUUGGUCUCCCCUACCGAAAUUCAGCGGUUGACAUACAGUCAAGAAAUGUGUGAUAAUUUACAGGACAUGCUAGGAGAUUUGUUCACUCCCAUAGAGACACCCGAGGCGCAAAAUAGAGGAUUUCUGAAGGGACUUUUUGGUGGAAGUGGGCAAACAUUUGACAGAGAAGAGCUCUUCGGGGAAGCCACUGCAGGAAAAGCAUCCCGCAGCCUUGCACAGCACAUCCCUGGACCAGGCAGCAUAGAAGGAAUGAAAGGUGCUGCUGGAGGGGUGAUGGGGGAGCUGACCCGAGCCCGGAUUGCACUGGACGAGAGAGGACAGAGGUUGGGAGAACUGGAAGAGAAGACUGCAGGCAUGAUGACCAGUGCAGAAGCAUUUUCCAAACACGCACAUGAGUUAAUGCUGAAAUAUAAGGAUAAGAAAUGGUACCAAUUCUAAACUUCUAAGGAAGCUGUGACUGCUUUGAGAAACCAUUAUUCAGGGAAACCAAAUUUAUUCCCAGCAUCACUAUUCAACUGCUAGAAGCCAGUUUCUUCUACAAAACGUUCCAUUACAGUCCAUCUGAAGUUAUUGUAAAAGAGACUUAUCAAAGAUACUGUACAACCCAAAGGCUGGAAACCCUGGUUAAAAUCCCAAGAUAAUGGCUGAAUAUGUCUUUUCCCGUGUGGAAUGGAGCUAUCAUCUUGGCAUGUGAUUUGCUAAAGAUUUACACUUAAAAACUACGGGGAGUCCUUUUGAUUUGAAAUUCCUGUACAAACAAAAGCAUUAAUGCACUUAAUGAAAAAAAUCUUUGCAUGAUAAAUUAACAGCUU